AUGGAGUGGAGACGUGCAUUCAGUGAGUCCGCUAAGCCCAUGGCUGGCCCAGCUCCAGCUGAUUCCAGGGCCCUGCCUGCCUGCCUGGCUGGCUGGCUCUAUCCUGGCUGUGUUAUUAAUCCAAGAGCACCACUCCACUCUACAGCCAUCAUCAUUGCUGCUUCAAGCCCCUGAUCAGCCAGAUAAAUCAGCCUCUCUCCUCUGAUGGUGAGGACUAGCCAACACUAAUGAGUUAACUUUCAGAAUGAUCUACAUAAUGUAUUUCCUUCCCCCGAAGGAGCCUUGUGUAGCAUUAAUUAAUAUCAGGCAUCAUCCCAGAGAGGGGUUAAUUCAAGUGGCAUGAUUUUGGCGCCCAUGUAAUUUGAGAAGUAGAAGAAGCCUGGCUGCUGUAGUGUCCAGAGUGUUGUUACCAAGUAGAUUAGACCCUAUGUCUUCCUAGUGGCUUUGGCCAGGUCCAAGGCAAAGAUCCAGUGACUAUCAGUGUGUCUAGUCACAGAUUUAGCAAAUUCAUUCCUCAGGGUGUAAUUAAAACAAGUUGAUCUUGACUGCAGGAAAUAUGACAAUACACAAAGGAUGACCGUGUAGCAUCCUACCAAGCUUCCCUUUUCACUUUGUCACAAUGGCACGGCCUCUGUGGCUAUGACCUGCUCUCUUCUCAAAGACACGAGACCUCUUCCUCUAAUGUGGUUUUUGAUCCCUAAGCUCUAACCCCGACUCUCUCUCUCUCUCUCUCUCUCUCUCUCUCUCUCUCUCUCUCUUCUCUCUCUUUCUCUCUCUCUCUCUCUCUCUCUCUGUCUCUCUCUCUAGAACUCAAUACGGCACAAUCUGUCAUUGAACAAGUGUUUUCUCAAAGUGCCUCGCUCCAAAGAUGACCCAGGAAAGGUAAGAAAACUGUUUUUAUUCAAACCCAAGAUACAGAGAUGACAGUAAAUGGAGUGGGAAUAAACAGCUGGUGUCCACAGGUUGAUGUAGCAGUCUAAACAUAAUAUUGAGAACUUCUUGCAAGAGUGUCUCAUGCUAUCUGCUAUAGAAAAAUGUUAGCUUUGAACGUCUGCCAGUGCUCUGACAGUUUAGAAAUGCAUGGAAUGCUCUCAAUCUAUUAUGAACGCCCCCCCCCCCCCCCCCCCCCCCACAAAAUUGUAAAUAAUGAGUAAUUUUUUUAGACUGGCAGGGCAGACUAAGUUGAAGACGUGGUAAAAAGCCAUUGGCCUUGUGAGAAUAGGCCAAAAUAAGGCCAUAGUCAGGGCAUUUCUAGUAACUCCCUAAAAGUGCCUCAGCACAUAGGAGGAGAGGAAAGGGAGGCCACAAUGAUGUAUACAACACCUGCCUCACAGCACCUCCUGUCCUCUCCUCUCAGGCUGGCAGGGACUCCUGCUAAGACACACCACCAGCUCCCAUACCAGCCUGUUUUACCACACAAUCGCUCACAUCUCUUGCACUCUCACUUGUAUUACUAGUAUCCCCUACUGAGUUUAGUUUCUCACAUGUUUGGACCAUGUGGGCCUAUAUUUAGUGUAUCCUGGUAUGUGAAUUGGUCUAAACAUAUGUAAUCCCCGCUUUGUCUGGAGCACACACACACACUCCACACACACACACACACACACACACACACACACACACACAGAGGCUUGAAGAGCUAUGCCGAGCUAUGAACUGUAGAGGAUGGGGGACUGAAUGCUUAAUUUCAUGUUUUGCUGUAAUCCUCUGAUGUUGACUCUCCUGGGAGCUGCUCCACUAAAUACAAACCAUCUAUUGCUGUAUGGAUCCCAUUCCAAAUGCAUGGCCAAGAUGCUCGCAUCCUUAAUGUUUCAUUUGGAAUUUUCCUCACUCCCUUCCCCUCCUGAAGAUAACUUCAAAGAAGCGCAAGACGCUCUUGAAAUGUUACAUCAAUAUUGUAAUGUGGCAGGAAUAUGAGCACUGCUGGUUGUAUGAGAUAGGCGAGAGCCAUGUCUUUCUCUGAGAUGGAGAGAGAGAUGAUGGCAGGCGUGGCGUACUCCGUUACCAUGGAGAUAGUGCCGUUACAACUCCCACUGCAGCUAGACCUACAUAUUAAUUUACAUGAUGUUAACUGGUUAGUCUCAACACAGUGACAAGGGUCUGGUUUCAAUUAUGGACUCUUUUGGCAUAGAGGAACUACGUCACUACUUUAUCCACUUGAAUAAAAUACAAAAUAGUAGCUAGCAAGAUGGAGAUGAGAUAUUUUGAAAUAUUUCUUGCAUAAGAAAUAUGGAAAGCAUACACAUAAACAUGGUAGCAAUUAAAAGGGAACAGUUUGGGGAUAAUGGGAAAAUAUUUAGACUAAAGUUGAGGACACAACAGUUCACCUGACACGAGUGAAUCCAAACGAAAUCUGAAAAUACUCUGGAUACAUUCAGUAACAUAAUUUGGGGUAGGUGCAACACAAGACAAAUGACAAGGGUUUGAAUGAGAUGACUAACUGGUGUCUCCAAGUGACCACACACCUUUCCAAAGUGUGCACAGUUCCUAAGUCAUUUCAAUGCACUUUUAUGACUCAAAGAAGAGUGUUCAACUAUAAGGUGUUUUUUAAGCUGAAUCUGAAUUGUGCCGUGGAGGAACACAGCCUUGUAUCCCCGCCUUUACGCAAUUACUGUUGUUUACGCAAUCCAAAAACAAUCCAUUAUAAAUCGCAAUCUGGGUCAUGUGGGCAUAAUUUGAAAGCUUGUUCUAUUGCCAACAUGACUAGCUAAAUUAUAAAACACGAUCUUAUUGUUAGGCUUUCACUAGGUAAUUCAGAGAAGGAGAUUGUAAUUUUGGUGCACAUAGAAUGGAGUCAUCAGUGCAUUCAGAUGCAAGGUACGCGGCAAAUGUUCUUCACAAUACAACAAACAGGCUCAAUCUGUUCAGGCAAACACACGGUAUAACGCCAUGUAAUCUUGUAACUGUACAUCAAACAUAGUGAUCAUAAAUGUUGACACUGUAUAUUACGUGAGUUUUAUUAUAUGGAAAUGUGAAGUGCACAUUUGGACUCACAGGUGUUUGGCUUGCUUGUAUGACAUCAAAGCAAUAUUUAUUAUAAUCCUCAACGUCUCGUUUUUCUAAAUACAUAGAGUCCUCGUAAUUUAUAGCAUUUCCCUCACUGAGACAAGAAAACAUUUGCAAAAAUUGCCCAAUUUAGCUUGAGGGAUGGAGGCAACCUGCUCAAGUUCAGAACGGCUGUUAGUCAAAACCCAUACAGAGCUGUGAAGCGGAAACUGUGAGCUCUGACGUCAUGUAUAGCAUGUUAUUGUACAGCCACUGUGUUCCAAUUGUAGGCGCUUAUCAGUGUACAAAUCUGCCAUUUUCAACCCUUAUACGGAUACGAGUGUAAAGGGCUACAGGUCCAAUGCAGCCGUAAUUUCAAUAUCAAUUAAUUUCUGGGUAACAAUUUAAGUACCUAACUGUGAUUUUGUUCUAUUGAAAUGGUUAAAAAUAAACAAAAAUAGCUUCUGAGCAAAGAGCAAUUUCUCAAGCAAGAAUUUAGUUAGGACUGUCUGAGUGGGGUGGGGAAAACUGAAAAUUGGCUGUUAUUGGCAGAGAGGUUUGGAACUCUUAUUGGUCUAUUAACUAAUUUACCGCAUGGUGGUGUCACCAUAGAAGGCCAAAACGCCAUCUCACCAAAACAGGCUGAAAUUGCAGGUAGUCUUUUCAAAUAGCUCCUUCACUAGAAGGGCAUAUUUUUUUUACAUUCUCAGUGUUAUUCCAACCUCAUAGUGUAGAAAUAUAUAUAUAUAUACACUGCUCAAAAAAAUAAAGGGAACACUUAAACAACACAAUGUAACUCCAAGUCAAUCACACUUCUGUGAAAUCAAACUGUCCACUUAGGAAGCAACACUGAUUGACAAUACAUUUCACAUGCUGUUGUGCAAAUGGAAUAGACAACAGGUGGAAAUUAUAGGCAAUUAGCAAGACACCCCCAAUAAAGGACUGGUUUUGCAGGUGGUGACCACAGACCACUUCUCAGUUCCUAUGCUCCCUGGCUGAUGUUUUGGUCACUUUUGAAUGCUGGCGGUGCUUUCACUCUAGUGGUAGCAUGAGACGGAGUCUACAACCCACACAAGUGGCUCAGGUAGUGCAGCUCAUCCAGGAUGGCACAUCAAUGCGAGCUGUGGCAAGAAGGUUUGCUGUGUCUGUCAGCGUAGUGUCCAGAGCAUGGAGGCGCUACCAGGAGACAGGCCAGUACAUCAGGAGACGUGGAGGAGGCCAUAGGAGGGCAACAACCCAGCAGCAGGACUGCUAUCUCCGCCUUUGUGGAAGGAGGAGCAGGAGGAGCACUGCCAGAGCCCUGCAAAAUGACCUCCAGCAGGCCACAAAUGUGCAUGUCUGCUCAAACGGUCAGAAACAGACUCCAUGAGGGUGGUAUGAGGGCCCGACGUCCACAGGUGGGGGUUGUGCUUACAGCCCAACACCGUGCAGGAUGUUUGGCAUUUGCCAGAGAACACCAAGACUGGCAAAUUCGCCACUGGCGCCCUGUGCUCUUCAGAUGAAAGCAGGUUCACACUGAGCACGUGACAGAGUCUGGAGACGCCGUGGAGAACGUUCUGCUGCCUGCAACAUCCUCCAGCAUGACCGGUUUGGCGGUGGGUCAGUCAUGGUGUGGGGUGGCAUUUCUUUGGGGGGCCGCACAGCCCUCCAUGUGCUCGCCAGAGGUAGCCUGACUGCCAUUAGGUACCGAGAUGAGAUCCUCAGACCCCUUGUGAGACCAUAUGCUGGUGCGGUUGGCCCUGGGUUCCUCCUAAUGCAAGACAAUGCUAGACCUCAUGUGGCUGGAGUGUGUCAGCAGUUCCUGCAAGAGGAAGGCAUUGAUGCUAUGGACUGGCCCGCCCGUUCCCCAGACCUGAAUCCAAUUGAGCACAUCUGGGACAUCAUGUCUCGCUCCAUCCACCAACGCCACGUUGCACCACAGACUGUCCAGGAGUUGGCGGAUGCUUUAGUCCAGGUCUGGGAGGAGAUCCCUCAGGAGACCAUCCGCCACCUCAUCAGGAGCAUGCCCAGGCGUUGUAGGGAGGUCAUACAGGCACGUGGAGGCCACACACACUACUGAGCCUCAUUUUGACUUGUUUUAAGGACAUUACAUCAAAGUUGGAUCAGCCUGUAGUGUGGUUUUCCACUUUAAUUUUGAGGGUGACUCCAAAUCCAGACCUCCAUGGGUUGAUACAUUUGAUUUCCAUUGAUAAUUUUUGUGAUUUUGUUGUCAGCACAUUCAACUAUGUAAAGAAAAAAGUAUUUAGUAAGAUUAUUUCAUUCAUUCAGAUCUAGGAUGUGUUAAUUUAGUGUUCCAUGAAUUUUUUUGAGCAGUGUAUAUAUAAAGUAUUUGAUUCCCCUGCUGAUUUUGUACGUUUGCCCACUGACAAAGACAUGAUCAGUCUAUAAUUUUAAUGGUAGGUUUAUUUGAACAUUGAGAGACAGAAUAACAACAAAUACAUCCAGAAAAACGCAUGUCAAAAAUGUUAUACAAUUAUUUGCAUUUUAAUGAGGGAAAUAAGUAUUUGACCCCUCUGCAAAACAUGACUUAGUACUUGGUGGCAAAACCCUUGUUGGCAAUCACAGAGGUUAGACGUUUCUUGUAGUUGGCCACCAGGUUUACACACAUCUCAGGAGGGAUUUUGUCCCACUCCUCUUUGCAGAUCUUCUCCAAGUCAUUAAGGUUUCGAGGCUGACGUUUGGCAACUCGAACCUUCAGCUCCCUCCACAGAUUUUCUGUGGGAUUAAGGUCUGGAGACUGGCUAGGCCACUCCAGGACCUUAAUGUGCUCACCCAAGAUUUGACGGUACAUGGUCCCGUCCAUCGUCCCUUUGAUGCGGUGAAGUUGUCCUGUCCCCUUAGCAGAAAAACACUCCCUUAGCAUAAUGUUUCCACCUCCAUGUUUGACGGUGGGGAUGGUGUUCUUGGGGUCAUAGGCAGCAUUCCUCCUCCUCCAAACAGCGAGUUGAGUUGAUGCCAAAGAGCUCGAUUUUGGUCUCAUCUGACCACAACACUUUCACCCAGUUCUCCUCUGAAUCAUUCAGAUGUUCAUUGGCAAACUUCGGACGGGCCUGUAUAUGUGCUUUCUUGAGCAGGGGGACCUAGCGGGCGCUGCAGGAUUUCAGUCCUUCACGGCGUAGUGUGUUACCAAUUGUUUUCUUGGUGACUAUGGUCCCAGCUGCCUUGAGAUCAUUGACAAGAUCAUCCCGUGUAGUUCUGGGCUGAUUCCUCACCGUUCUCAUGAUCAUUGCAACUCCACGAGGUGAGAUCUUGCAUGGAGCCCCAGGCCGAGGGAGAUUGACAGUUAUUUUGUGUUUCUUCCAUUUGCGAAUAAUCGCACCAACUGUUGUCACCUUCUCACCAAGCUGCUUGGCGAUGGUCUUGUAGCCCAUUCCAGCCUUGUGUAGGUCCACAAUCUUGUCCCUGACAUCAUUGGAGAGCUCUUUGGUCUUGGCCAUGGUGGAGAGUUUGGAAUCUGAUUGAUUGAUUGCUUCUGUGGACAGGUGUCUUUUAUACAGGUAACAAGCUGAGAUUAGGAGCACUCCCUUUAAGAGUGUGCUCCUAAUCUCAGCUCGUUACCUGUAUAAAAGACACCUGGGAGCCAGAAAUCUUUCUGAUUGAGAGGGGGUCAAAUACUUAUUUCCCUCAUUUAAAAUGCAAAUCAAUUUAUAAAAUUUUUGACAUGUGUUUUUCUGUAUUUUUUUGUUGUUAUUCUGUCUCUCACUGUUCAAAUAAACCUACCAUUAAAAUUAUAGACUGAUCAUGUCUUUGUCAGUGGGCAAAUGAACAAAAUCAGCAAGGGAUCAAAUACUUUUUUCCCUCACUGUAUAAAGAUCCAGUCCAUUAAAAAAAUUGGAGGCCCCUUACACUUCAGUGUUGUGAUGCAAAAUAUAUAGCGCAUAGAAUUAAAAAGGUAUUGUCGGAUAUUAUUCAUUCUAAUCAGACAGGUUUUUUACAUGGGCGAUACAUUGGAGAUAAUAUAAGGCAAGUAUUGGAAACAAUAGAACACUAUGGAAAAUAUUGGAAACCAGGCCUGCUAUUCAUAGCAGACUUCGAAAAGGCAUUUGAUAAAGUACGACUGGGGUUUAUAUAUAAAUGCCUGGAGCAUUUCAAUUUUGGAGAAUCUCUUUAUAAAAUGGGUCAAAAUCAUGUAUAGUAACCCUAGGUGUAAAAUAGUAAAUAAUGGCUAUUUCUCAAAGUUUUAAACUGUCAAGAGGAGUGAAACAAGGUUGUCCACUAUCAGCAUAUCUAUUUAUUGUGGCCAUCGAGAUGUUAGCUAUUAAAAUCAGAUCCAAUAAUAAUAUCAGAGGAUUAGACAUCCAGGGCUUAAAAACAAAGGUGUCAUUGUACGCUGAUGAUUCAUGUUUUCUUUUAAAUCCACAACUAGAAUCCCUCCACAGCCUCAUAGAGGAUCUAGAUACAUUUUCUAAACUCUCUGGAUUACAACCAAAUUAUGACAAAUGUACUAUUAUGUAUUGGAUCACUAAAAAAUAAAAAGUUUACAUUACCAUGUAGUUUACCAAUAAAAUGGUCUGAUGGUGAUGUGGAUAUACUCGGAAUACAUAUCCCAAAGGGAAUAAAUGAUUUCACUUCAAUAAAUUUUUAUAGAAAGUUAGCAAAAAUAGAUAAGAUCUUGCUACCAUGGAAAGGUAAAUACCUGUCAAUUUGUGGAAAAAUCACCCUGAUUAACUCUUUAGUAUUAUCCCAGUUUACCUAUUUGCUUAUGGUCUUGCCUACGCCUAGCGAACAGUUUUGUUAAUUAUAUGAGAAAAAAAUAUUCAAUUUUAUUUGGAACUUGCCAGACAAAAUUAAAAGGGCCUAUUUAUAUAAUGAAUAUGAAUUAGGAGGACAGAAAUGAUUAAAUAUUAAAGCAUUAGACCUAUCACUAAAAGCUUCAGUCAUACAAAAGUGAUACUUAAAUCCGAACUGGUUCUCAAGCAAAUUAGUAAGAUUGUCUCACCCAAUGUUCAAGAAUGGAUUUCUUCAGAUUACAACCGCUCAUUUUCAGUUAUUUGAAAAGGAAAUCAUCUCCCAAAUAUCACUAUUUCUAAAACAAGCCAUAAAAAGUUGUUUGCAAUUUCAAUUUAAUCCUCCAGAAACGACAGAACAAAUAAUGCAACAAAUAUUGUGGUUAAAUUCAAAUAUACUAAUUGACAAAAAACCUUUAUUUUUUGACAAAAUGUUUAAAAAAGGUAUAAUCUUCGUAAAUGAUAUCAUCGGUAGGACUGGUGGAGUUGUGAUGCAGCUAACAAAAACAUAUGGAAAUGUCUGCUCUACUCAAAAUUACAACCAAAUAAUUACAGCCUUACCGCAAAAAUGGAAGAGGAAAGUGGAAGGGGGAGAAAGUAAGGAACUUGUCUGUCGGCCUUGCAUUAAAGAACAUAAUUGGUUAAGGAAAACUGUGAUAAAUAAAAAAGUAUAUCAGUUUCAUUUAAGGACCAAAGGAUUAACAGCCGUCCCAUAUAGAUUGCAAAAUAGUUGAAGAGAUUUUUGAUGUACCGAUCCCAUGGCAUAGUGUUUAUGAACUGACACGCAAAACGACACCGGAUUCAAAAAUUAGAAUCUUUCAAUUAAAAUGAUUAUAUAAAAUACUUGCUACCAACAGAAUGUUAUUUAAAUGGGGGAUACAAUCUUCCCAGCUCUGCAGAUUUUGCUGUGAAGAAACAGAAUCAUUAGAUCAUUUGUUUUGGUUCUGUCCAUUUGUAGCUUGUUUUUGGACACAGGUCCAGGAAUGGCUAAAGGAUUGCAAUAUUUACUUGGAGCUAACCUUGCAGAUAGCACUACGGGGUGAUCUGAAAAGUCAUAGUCAAUCGAUCAAUAAUAUAAUAAUACUUUUAGCGAAAAUGUUUAUUUUUCAUUCACAAUCUGUAGAAGCAAUGAGAAUAGAAAGGUUCAGAACUUUUGUAAAACAUCACAGUACAGUUGAAAUAUAUAUGGCAAAUAGAAAUCCUAUAUGGAUGGUGUUAAAGAGAUAGAUGGGAGGUGUUGAAUGGAAUUGAAGGAUGGGACUAAUAACAAAUAACAACAAAUAAUAACAAGAUAACUAAUAAUGUAAGCGUACUAUGUCCAUAAUAAGUAUAUAGGUUGUAUGUUGGGAGCUUUUGGGAAAGAGCACAGUUAGAAAGAUAUGGCAUAUAGAAGCAAACCGGAUGGACAUCAUGAAAAUGAUCGGAGAGGUUGAGAGUAGAAGAAGUUCAGGAGCAAAAACAAAUAAAAUAGAAUUAUUGUAAAAUUGACUGUGUCCAUAAAAUGUAGAUAGUAAGUAUAAGCUGGAAGUAGAGGCCUAAGCAUUGUUGUUCACUAAUUUACCCCAAGUAGGGAAAGGAUGGCAGGGUUGAAAAGUAAUAAAGGGGAGUGUGUGUAUAUGUAUAUGUAUGUAUGUAUGUAUGUGUGUGUAUAUGUAUAAUAUAUAAUAUAUAUAUAUAGUAUGAUAAGUAUAAUAUAGAUAAGCGGAGAUAGAAAAGGAGAGAAUAAAUAUAUAGAGAGAGAAUAGAGAAGAUAAAACAUUUUUUAAUAUAUACAAUCACAAAUAAAAUAUAAUUAUUCUUAUAUAUAUAAAACCGAGAUAUAGAUAGAGAUAUAUAUAUAUAACAUAUAAUAUAUAUAAUUAUCUAUAAAUAUACAUAUAUAUAAACAUAUAUAGAUAUAUAAACAUAUAUAUAUAUAUAAACAUAUAUAUAUAAACAUGGGGGAUUGGAAGUGAUGCAGACAAUUACAUUGAUGGAAGUUACAAUCUAUCUGCAAUAUUAAGCUGAUCUACCCCCCCCCCCCCACCCCCACCCCACCCCCCCAAAAAAAAAGGAAGAAGUCACUGCUCCAAAAUCGCCAUAAAAUAGCCAGAAUACGGUUUGCAACUGCACAUGGGGACAAAGAUCUGACUUUUUUGAGAAAUGGCCUCUGGUCUAAUGAAACAACAAUACAACUGUUUAGCCAUAAUGACCAUCGUUAUGUUUGGAGGAAAAGGGGGGGAACUUGCAAGCCGAAGAACACCAUCGCAACCGUGAAGCACGGGGGUGGCAGCAUCAUGCUGUGGAGGUACUUUGCUGCAGGAGGGACUGUUGCACUUCACAAAAUAGAUGGCAUCAUGAGGAAGGAUAAUUAUGUGGAUAUAUUGAAGCAACAUCUCAAGACAUCAGUCAGGAAGUUGAAGCUUGGUCGCAAAUGGGUCUUCCAAAUGGACAAUGACCCCAAGCAUACUUCCAAAGUUGUGGCAAAAUGGCUUAAGGACAACAAAGUAAAGCUAUUUGAGUGGCCAUCACAAAGCCCUGAACUCAAUCCUUUAGAAAAUGUGUGGGCAGAACUGAAAAAGCGUGUGCGAGCAAGGAGGCCUACAAACCUGACACAGUUACACCAGCUCUGUCAGGAGGAAUGGGCCAAAAUUCACCCAACUUAUUGUGGGAAGAAUGUGGAAUGCUACCCGAAACAUUUGACCCAAGUUAAACAAUUUAAAGGCAAUGCUACCAAAUACUAAUUGAAUGUAUGUAAACUUCUGACCCACUGGGAAUGUGAUGAAAGAAAUAAAAGCUGAAAUCAAUCAUUCUCUCUACUAUUAUUCUGACAUUUCACAUUCUUAAAAUAAAGUGGUGAUCCUAACUGACCUAAAACAGGGAAUUUUUACUAGGAUUUAAAUGUCAGGAAUUGUGGAAAAACUGAGUUUAAAUGUAUUUGGCUAAGGUGUAUGUAAACUUCAACUGUAUAUAAAGUACCAGUCAAAGGUUUGGACACAUCUACUCAUUCAAGGGUUUUUCUUAAUUUUUACUAUUUUCUACAUUGUACAAUAAUAGUGAAGACAAACUAUGAAAUCAUGUAGUAACCAAAAAAGUGUUAAACAAAUCAAAAUAUUUUAUAUUUCAGAUUCUUCAAAUAGCCACCCUUUGCCUUGAUGACAGCUUUGCACACCCUUGACAUUCUCACAACCAGCUUCACCUGGAAUGCUUUUCCAACAUUCUUGAUGGAGGUCCCACAUAUGCUGAGCACUUGUUGGCUGCUUUUCCUUCACUGUGCGGUCCGACUCAUCCCAAACCAUCUCAAUUGGGUUGAGGUCGGGGGAUUGUGGAGGCCAGGUCAUCUGAUGUAGCACUCCAUCACUCUCCUUCUUGGAAAAAUAGCCCUUACACAGCCUGGCAGUGUGUUGGGUCAUUGUCCUGUUGAAAAACAAAUUAUAGUCCCACUAAGCCCAAACCAGAUGGGAUGGCGUAUCGCUGCAGAAUGCUGUGGUAGCCAUGCUGGUUAAAUGUGCCUUGAAUUCUAAAUAAAUCACAGACUGUGUCACCAGCAAAGCACCCCCACACCAUAACACCUCCUCCUCCAUGCUUUACGGUGGGAACUACACAUGCGGAGAUCAUCUGUUCACCCACACCGCGUCUCACAAAGACAUGGCGGUUGGAACCAAAAAUCUCAAAUUUGGACUCCAGACCAAAGGACAAAUUUCAACCGGUCUAAUGUCCAUUGCUCGUGUUUCUUGGCCCAAGCAGGUCUCUUCUUCUUAUUGGUGUCCUUUAGUAAUGGUUUCUUUGCAGCAAUUCGACCAUGAAGGCCUGAUUCUCACAGUCCACUCUGAACAGUUGAUGUUGAGACAUGUCUGUGACUUGAACUCUGUGAAGCAUUUAUUUCGGCUGCAAUUUCUGAGGCUGGUAACUCUAAUUAACUUAUUAUCUGCAGCAGAGGUAACUCUGGGUCUUCCAUUCCUGUGGCGGUCCUCAUGAGAGCCAGUUUCAUCAUAGUGCUUGAUGGUUUUUGCGACUGCACUUGAAGAAACUUUCAAAGUAACUGAAAUGUUCCGGAUUGACUGACCUUCAUGACUAAUGGACUGUCGUUUCUCUUUGCUUAUUUGAGAUGUUCUUGCCAUAAUAUGGACUUGGUCUUUUACCAAAUAGGGCUAUCUUCUGUAUACCCCCCUUACCUUAUCACAACACAACUGAUUGGCUCAAACGCAUUAAGAAGGAAAGAAAUUCCACAAAUUAACUUUUAAGAAGGCACACCUGUUAAUUGAAAUGCAUUCCAGGUGACUACCUCAUGAAGCUGAUUGAGAGAAUGCCAAGAGUGUGCAAAGCUGUGAUCAAGGUAAAGGGUGGCUAGUUGAAGAAUCUCAAAUGUAAAAUAUAUUUUGAUUUGUUUAACACUUUUUUGGUUAUUACAUGAUUCCAUAUGUGUUAUUUUAUAGUUCUGAUGUCUUCACUAUUAUUCUACAAUGUAGAAAAUAGUAAAAAUAAAGAAAAACCCUUGAAUGAGUAGGUGUUCUAAAAUCUUUUGACUGUAUAUAUAGAAAACACAGGAAAAUCACCUUUUGGACUGCACUGGCCUUUAACUGGUAGGGGACGCUAAAUGUACUGCAUAUUCCAUGUCCUGUAUCUAAUCUAGACUGAGAUGGUGAAACCAGAGAAAGUGAUGUUGACAUGCAUGCAGUACUGUAGUGUAGGAAAGUCAGCACUUUUCUGAUAGCAGGUAUAGCAGUUACACAGUGCUUCUGGUGAAAUCAUCACAUGGCCAUCAUGGCUUUUGUUUAGAGACUGAAAUAGUUGGAGAUUGGUUUCAUCAAAUCAAAUCACAUUUUAUUGGCCACAUGUGCCGAAUACAAUAGGUGCAGACAUUACAGUGAAAUACUUACUUACAGCACUUAACCAACAGUGCAUUUAUUUUUUAUAAAAAAAGUAAAAUAAAACAACAACAAAAAAGUGUUGAGGGAAAAAAAGAGCAGAAGUAAAAUAAAAUAACAGUAGGGAGGCUAUAUACAGGGGGGUACCGGUGCAGAGUCAAUGUGCGGGGGCACCGGCUAGUUGAGGUAGUUGAAGUAAUAUGUACAUGUGGGUAGAGUUGUAGCUUACAAUAUGGACAGACACACUUGCCUUGCCAGGCUUUGCUAUGAUGCAGUGUGUUUGUGAAUAAUUUAAGAACUCUUUAUAUGGGUUAGUUUUUUCCCCCAUCGAGUCUCAGGGGGGCGUGUGGAGAAAUGCAGAAACUCCCAUCCCAAGAUUUUUUUCUUUAAUUAAAAGAAACGCCACACAGCCCGGCUCUCCACCGGGACAGUGAUUUUGAGUCUACCAGGAGCUCUAAUUGAAUCAGUUAACCCAUAAAUCAGUUUACCCCCUAAAUCAUCAUAUAUUUAGCAGUAAAACAGAUGCUAUGAUCAGAACUCUGAGUUCAGGCAGCUCACCUUCAGACAUCCUUAGACUUUUCUCUGUCUGUUACUCUCAGCCUUUUACAGUGAAGACAACACCACCAAAUAUACCAACAAUGGAAUUGGGCUACAGAGCUGAGAGUAUAAUGGGAUUUACUUCAGCCAUGUAUUAUUGAGAUGUCUGUCUCUGGUUGAUUGCACUGUGAAUUAUUCUCCCUCUGAGGGAAAUUCUAAUCGACCCCAAGCUUUGAAAAUAUUAAAACAUAUUUGCUCAACAAUGUAUUAUUGUUGCAGUGUUUCAAAAUAAAAGCCAGGAAUAAAACACAGGUCCGUGCUUUAGAUGGCAGUAGGACUGUGACUGGAGUAUGGUACACGUUAUUGUGUGGACUACCUUAGACACAGGUUGUUGCAACCGUACCUCUCCUCUCCUGUUGUCCAGACUGACAAUUUCUCAAAGAAUAUCAAUUAUUCUCUCUGCUUAGGAAGUCAUUUUAAAGGUCCUGAUCUCACUUUCCCUUGACAAUUGAGAUCUUAUCAGGAUUAAUAUAAAAUAUUUAAAAUCAUGUGUUGCUUGUGGCUUCAGGGAGGAACACCAUUGAAAAAUAAAUUAAAUGGGGUCGAAUGCAGAGCUAAAUAAUGCAGCUGGAGUGUGGAGCUGCAGCCCCAGAGCCAGCAGGUCUAUUCCCUCCUUGAUUAGCCGGGCUCAGACCUGGGCAGAAACCCAACACGUUUCUCCAGCUCCCAGUCCAGCUACAGUUGGCUACCUACACUGAGGCUGAGGAAGCACUGCUUCAGGAGGGGCUUAGCAUUUCACCAGCCGCUGUCUCUAACUAAGGAGCACCAUAGACAAGGAGAAGCCUCACCACAAAACACAGCUCCCUCCCAUUACAACCAAAGCCACACACACACACACACACUUAUUACACACCACUGUUGAUUCUUUUUGGAGUAUGGAUAGUGUUUUAAUAGCAUUUGUUAAAGCCCUAAUGUGUCAGUCCCAAAGAAAAGACUCUGAUUCCUUUACCCUUUGUCUGGAGAUAACGUCCCUGUGGUACCAGGCCAGGCAGGGCAUUGUCUUUUCUGUGUCGUUCUUUACUGUGGUCCCUCCUCUCCCCACAGGGCUCCUACUGGGCCAUCGACACCAACCCAAAGGAGGACGCCCUGCCCACACGGCCAAAAAAGAGGCCGCGGUCCGGAGAGCGGGUGAGUCCUCCAGAGACACCACAUCCUCCCCUGAAACUUUUGUGUUUUACACAUGUAGAUACCCUCUCUUAACCCAUGCCAACACCGGGAAUGAUGAGUGGGCUCAUGUGGAAAAUGGGGUAACCAUAUCAUACAAAGUCUUCACAUACAGCUCUUUUGUUUCUUGUUCAAUCUCUCUCGCUCUCUCGCUCUCUCGCUCUCUCUCUCGCUCUCGCUCUCGCUCUCUCUCUCGCUCUCGCUCUCUCUCUCUCUCUCUCUCUCUCUCUCUCUCUCUCUGAUCGCUUCUUUGGCUCAUCCUCUUUGUCUCUCUCUCCUGUAUACUCUCACACACACACACAGUAGGAGUUUAUCUCCUCCCUUUAUGUAACUGCCUCUCGAUGUGGCUCAGCCUUGUCUUUUAGCAGGGUCCUUAUUAAUAAACUAUGCCCCAGGCUGCCGUUACUUACAUACAUUGCAUUCUGCAGUAAUUUUUUUAACAAACAUCAAUUAAUGUGCGCUGGCUGUUCUUUCUGAGCGGGAGCUUUUGUCUUUAAUUAUGUAUGAGUCUGGUCCAGUGUAAUGCACAGCCUCACUGGUUUAGUCAACUGCCCAGAUUGACCUGGCUCUGAGGCAUCCAUCCAUCCAUCUCUCCCUGGCUGCUGCAGACUGCAGUCUGGCCUCCCCUGUGUGGCCCACCACAGGCCACAAGACAUACAGGGGGGCUUCUGUUGAAACCCAAAGACACAAAGCGGAAAAGGCAAACCCACUCACUCAGUUAACCACCCACGUGUGUGGUUUUAAGAUGGGGAGCGGGAUGGAGAGAUGCACAUCCUAUUCUAUACAGUACAUACACCUGUAUGUGUGUGUAAAUGAGUUUAAAUAUAGUCAUUGGUGUGUAAUUCUAAAGCAAAACAAAUACACAGUAUUCACACUAUUCACCCGCCCUCAAGUUUGUGCAUGUAUGUUGUUAGUAUGACAUGCACACCAUCCUCCCUUACUACAGAUGUCACUGUCGGCCUACAAGGCAUUCCAUUAAGUCUCAGACAUUUAGAAAAUGGUGACUUUGUUAAAUCUCAUUUAUGUUUAUCAUGAAUUAAAAAUGGUAUUGUUGCCAGCCAAUCCUCUUACAGUAAGCAGUUUUGGGAGACAGGCGCGGUGGUGUUAUCUCUCCCGACGGAGCGCCUCGCGGGGAGCAAUGGGGGCUGUGCACUUCUCUUCAGCUCCUCAGGAAAUAUUUCAAAUGUGACCUAAAUAAAGGUGUUGCUUCUUUUGUUAUUUAUAAAUGGUCCUGGUGUAUUUUACAUAAUAGAGAUCUGCAUCCCUCCCUCUUUCCUGAAAGGAAAACUAUCUUCCCAACAAAUACGGCAACAUAUGAGUGUUAAAACCUUUACCUUGGCACAUAUGGCUUGAGGUCCUGUAUUAUUCUUAGAAUUAGUUAGGAGUGUAUAUUUUAGUGGUCCUAUAUUUGAUAAUUAGCUAAAAGUAAUAAUGUUUUGUCUCCCUCCCCCAGGCUUCCACACCGUACAGCCUGGAGUCAGAGUCUUUGGGAAUGGACUGUAUGAUCUCUGGAAGUGCCUCUCCAACUCUGGCAAUCAACACUGUGACUAACAAGGUAACUACCCAGCAUGCACCUGCACACACUGCACCACCCUGACCCCUCCUUCCUCCCUUUGCCCACCCACCCACAGCUUGUUCCUCACUGAGAGCAGCACUCAACCAGGAUACACACACACCCCCUCUACAGUACAUCUCACACUGUAACACACUGCAGCACAAGAAGCACUGUAUAGCCUGCACUGGGAGUCUGGACUGCAUCAUGUUAGCUCCCCACCGUGCCUGCUCCACUUAGCCUGCACUGGGAGUCUGGACUGUAUCAUGUUAGCUCCCCACCGUGCCUGCUCCACUUAGCCUGCACUGGGAGUCUGGACUGUAUCAUGUUAGCUCCCCACCGUGCCUGCUCCACUUAGCCUGCACUGGGAGUCUGGACUGUAUCAUGUUAGCUCCCCACCGUGCCUGCUCCACUUAGCCUGCACUGGGAGUCUGGACUGUAUCAUGUUAGCUCCCCACCAUGCCUGCUCCACUUAGCCUGCACUGGGAGUCUGGACUGUAUCAUGUUAGCUCCCCACCGUGCCUGCUCCACUUAGCCUGCACUGGGAGUCUGGACUGUAUCAUGUUAGCUCCCCACCAUGCCUGCUCCACUUAGCCUGCACUGGGAGUCUGGACUGCAUCAUGUUAGCUCCCCACCAUGCCUGCUCCACUUAGCCUGCACUGGGAGUCUGGACUGCAUCAUGUUAGCUCCCCACCGUGCCUGCUCCACUUAGCCUGCACUGGGAGUCUGGACUGCAUCAUGUUAGCUCCCAACUCAUGCUGCACAGAAGUUAACCCACCUGAAUAAUGUGACACGGCAUGUAGAAAUGUUGAAACUGUUCAUUACUGUUCUCAAAACAAUGUACAUACAGGCUAGAACACUUUACAAUGCAAGGAGAUACCGGUAGCUUACAGCUGAAGCCAACAUCAAUUCACUACCCCUAGUACUUUGUUUGUGAUAAUGUGCAAACCAUAAGGCAAAAUAUGCUUAUUUCAAAGCUUAUUGCCACCAAAACCUUAUUAAAUCACUUAAUCAAUCUCUCACGUCUCUCCCAAAGAUUAUCUAUUGCCUCAGCGAACUGACUCUGUGUGUGAAUAUAUCUCUGACGGGCUGCCCUCUUCUUGCCUCGUGAAUGAUGUCAUUACUGGUUAAAGAGAUGGCGUGCACCUUUAUAUACUGAACAAAAAUAUAAAUUUUGUGCACAAAUAUGUUUACAUCCCUGUUAGUGAGCAUUUCUCCUUUGCCAAGAUAAUCCAUCCACCUGACAAAUAUAUAAGCGCAACAUGCGACAAUUUCAACGAUUUUACUGAGUUACAGUUCAUAUAAGGAAUUCAGUCAAUUGAAAUAAAUUAAUUAGGCCCUAAUCUAUGGAUUUCACAUGACUGGGCAUACCUGUGUAAUGAUCAUGCUGUUUAAUCAGCUUCUUGAUAUGCCACACCUGUCAGGUGGAUGGAUUAUCUUGGCAACAGAGAAAUGCUCACUAAUAGGGACGUAAACAAAUUUGUGCAACAAAUUUGAGAGAAAUUAGCUUUUUGUGCUAAGCAACAUUUCUGGGAUCUUUUAUUUCACCUCAUGAAUAAUGGGACCAACACUUUACAUGUUGACUUUUAUAUUUUUGUUCAGUAUAGAAUUGCAAAAACAAAGUCAAAUUGAUUAUGUAUAAUUGAUUCGUUUUGAAAAAUGUUGACGUAAUACAAUUCUAAUGUAAUGAUAUUGAACUGAAAAGAUGCCCAAAGAUUGAACAGUACAGUAGCUGAGUUUCUGUCUGUAUCAAGUGCCAUUCUGUGACUUUGGCUAAUAUGCCUUUUAUUGCUGUGGUAUCGUUUUGUUAUCGUGAUGGUAUUGAGUAUCGUGAUACUAAACCUGGUAUCAGUAUCGAUGUCAAAAUUAUGGUAUCGUGACAACACUACUCUACACACACCUGAAAGUUAAUGGAUGUUGAUGCCCAGUCCUUUUCUUGUAUGUCCAUGAGAUGUGGUUGGGGACAUUGCCUAGCCUGACGACUCACACUAAAUUGUUCCGCUGCUCUGUUGUUCGCUACAUACACUACCAGUCAAAUGUUUUAGAACACCUACUCAUUCCAGGGUUUUUCUUUAUUUUUACUAUUUUCUACAUUGUAGAAUAAUAGUGAAGACAUCAAAACUAUGACAUAACACAUAUGGAAUCAUGUAGGAACCAAAAAAGUGUUAAACAAAUCAAAAUAUGUUUUAUAUUUGAGAUUCUUCAAAUAGCCACCCUUUCUCUUGAUGACAGCUUUGCACACUAUUGGCAUUUGAAGAAUCUCAAAUAUAAAAUAUUUUGAUUUGUUUAACACUUUUUUUGGUUACUACAUGAUUCCAUAUGUGUUAUUUCAUAGUUUUGAUGUCUUCACUAUUAUUGUACAAUGUAGAAAAUAAUAAAAAUAAAGUAAAACCCUGGAAUGAGUAGGUGUUCUAAAACUUUUGACCGGAAGUGUACUUUAGUCUGAGACUGCCAUCACUGAAGUCGUCUGUGGUGACGAGGGCUGUUGUACAAAACAAAGUCAUCAUCGAUUUGAUCGUCUCUAACAAAGCCAAUGACGAAUGUUGAAACCGCCGCUUUACCCAUGUGUGUUCUGGACCAAUCAGACGGCCCCGAAUGUGUUCACAUUCGGUGAAGGGUCAGGCAAGUACUCAGAUCCAGAUUCGCUGCGGAGAAGAAACUAACGCCCGCGGGCGUGCCGUAGCGUUUGGCUGGAGGAGUCUGGGUAGCCAGGCAAGACAUUACUCUGUGUGUGGAUGUCUGUUGCCAUAUAACCCUCACUGCAGAGAAAGAGCGGGAGAAACCACAGGGACCGCAAGCUGUUGGCUUUGAAUGCGCUGUUCACUCUGAAAUUUAAAUAGGCUUUUUAACCUUUUGCACCCCAGUAUCUCUAUUUGCACAUCAUCUCUUGCACAUCUAUCAUUCCAGUGUUAAUACUAAUUGAAAUUAUUUUGCACUAUAGCCUAUUUAUUGCCUUACCUCCAUAACUUUCUACAUUUGCACACACUGUAUAUAUAUUUUCUGUUGUAUUUUUGACUUUAUGUUUUGUUUUACCCCAUAUGUAACUCUGUGUUGUUUUUAUCGCACUGCUUUGCUUUAUCUUGGCCAACUUGUUCUCAACUGGCUUACCUGGUUAAAUAAAGGUAGUUGAGUGUGAGAAGAAGAGGGGGUGUGCUCUGGGGUAGAGUAGUUGAGUGUGAGAAGAAGAGGGGGUGUGGUCUGGGGUAGAGUAGUUGAGUGUGAGAAGAAGAGGGGGUGUGCUCUGGGGUAGAGUAGUUGAGUGUGAGAAGAAGAGGGGAUGUGCUCUGGGGUAGAGUAGUUGAGUGUGAGAAGAAGAGGGGAUGUGCUCUGGGGUAGAGUAGUUGAGUGUGAGAAGAAGAGGGGGUGUGGCUGGGGUAGAGUAGUUGAGUGUGAGAAGAAGAGGGGAUGUGCUCUGGGGUAGAGUAGUUGAGUGUGAGAAGAAGAGGGGGUGUGCUCUGGGGUAGAGUAGUUGAGUGUGAGAAGAAGAGGGGAUGUGCUCUGGGGUAGAGUAGUUGAGUGUGAGAAGAAGAGGGGAUGUGGUCUGGGGUAGAGUAGUUGAGUGUGAGAAGAAGAGGGGGUGUGCUCUGGGGUAGAGUAGUUGAGUGUGAGAAGAAGAGGGGAUGUGCUCUGGGGUAGAGUAGUUGAGUGUGAGAAGAAGAGGGGGUGUGCUCUUGGGUAGAGUAGUUGAGUGUGAGAAGAAGAGGGUGUGGUCUUGCUCUUCUGUCCUCGUGGGGACCUGAAAUCCCUAAAAGUCCCCACAAGGAUAGUAAAACAAGGAAAAUUCUCCCUCGUUGGGACAUUUCCCACGUCCCGACGAGGACAAAGGCUAUUUUGAGGUUAGGUUAGGGGUUAGUGUUAGGGCUUAGGGAAAAUAGGAUUUAGAAUGGAAAUCAAUUUUAGUGCCCCACGAGGAUAGAACCGCGUGUCUGACCGUGUGUGUGUUGUUUUGUAAGUGGCUGCCCUUUCGAUAGGAGGCCUUUCUUUGGCGUGUGAGAUGGGCUAAGGAGGAGCCCCUGUAAACACACACUUCUGUCUUUCCUGCUCUCAUCUCAACAAAUAAUCACUUGCCAUUGAUUUGCUGGGAAAAUUUGAGGUUUCAAACCUCAGUUGGUCAUUUAACACAGACAUCCUCCACAGAAUAUUAAGAACAGUUUGAUUUCACAUAUAAGAAUCAUGGAAAACAAAAUCCCAAAAAAUUCUGAACAUGCCUGCUUCAGGCAAGGUUAUAGCGGGGCUGUGUGUGUGAGAGAGGAUGUUAUUAUGAGUGUCUUUUGUUCUCCUGAUUGUAACUGUUGCUAUGAUAAAGCAAAGUGGAGAAGCAGCAACAGAUCUCAGCCCUACUCCUGAGAGAGAGCUUGUUUUUCACUGUGUUACACCGUAAACAUACAACUGGCCACGCCUCUUUUGGUGCACUGUGCCAAACCACAGGAAUUCCCUCCUUUCUCUCUCCCUCUUUCUUGCUCUCUAUUUUCUCUCAAUUCAAUCUCUCUCUCUGUCUCUCAUGUUCCCGCCUUCUCUGAGAGGCCAAUGGGAUGCUGGGUCAGGACUACAGAACCAGUGUCUGUUAGACAUGCCUCAAGUCUCCCUCCCUUUUUCUUUCUCAUUCCCUCUCUCUCACACAAACACGUUGUUUUAUUUCUUUCUCUAGUCUAAUCUGAGGUAGCUGUUUGCAGUGGCGUGAAUGAGACAGAAGUCUGACACUAGAGUGUGAUAAAGGAAGGGGGAUUGCAGGAAGAAGUGUGUGUUUACUGAGGGAGACGUCUUGUCCUGUGCUUUGCUUCUCUUUAUCCCUCUUAAAUCCCGUGAGCAGGGAUUCUGCUGAACACUGGCAGGCAUUGUUAGAGACACCUGGGUGAAUCUCGCUUUGAUUUCAUAAUCCAUGUCUCAUGCUCCAGAUUAGUUUUAUGUAAAAGACACACCUGGCUUUUUACUUAAUUUACUGCUAAGAAUAGAACACACACUAACUCCUGCUAGUUGCUAGCACCAAACACGCAUCAGGAUUUACUGUGGCGGGAGCUCCUGCCUGUGUGAGCAUGCCUGUCUUUGUGGGACUGCAUGACUUUGCGUGUGUGAGAGACUGUGGCUUGCUCGAGUGGGCGUCUUGACUCUGGGGUCUGUGUAAACCACAGAGCAGUGAGGUUUGGAAAUCAUCACACUUUAUGGAUGAGGGGAGUAAAAAUAGAUUUGUGACUUAAGGCUAAAACCCUCUUUUAUGACUUCAUUACACGUAACAUUUAUAUUUCUGCAGCACGCUGUUUGAUUAUCAUUGUAGUGCUGAUUCUCAGACGUGCCUAAGCCCUAGUCUUAGCCGUUCAUUGAUUUCCCCCUUCAUGCUAAUGAACACUGGAGCCAAGCCCACACUGAGUGGUGGAAGGCUAGAGUUGACUAAUUAGCUUCUCUUUCAUCCCCUUCCCCCACCACAUAAUCACUACAACACUGGAUCCAACACUCUCUCCUCUGACUGUUAUUAAAGCACAACAUUUUUGUGUCAUGCUCUGGCUGAGUGAGAGCCCACAAUGACAGACAGUACUGAGGGAGAGUGCUGUGUGUCGAGGUUAGUGCUGAGGGAUUAGUGCUUUUUGAGGACGAGUUUGGUUAUACAAAAAUAAUCACAGAUUUCAGUUUUGAUUAUUUUUAAACAUUAAAUGCAUUAUGAAAUAAUGACAUUAAAAUUAUUUUGGUGGCAAUUCCAAACCUGAAAAUAACAUUGAAUUGCCAAAACAUUGAAAACAUUCAAUUGUAUCUGUCAGGUCCACAUUGGGUAGACAUCAAUAGAAAAAUAGGACAUUACUAUGAAAUAAUAACAUAUUUCAUAUUAUUUAUUACCUGGUUUUUAUUUGAUGGCUUUAUUAUUUUUCAUUCUUUAAAGCCAUCUCAUCUCUGCUCAGGCAGUAACAGGCAGCCAGCCAGACAACCAUCUAACGUUAUCUCUCUGCUCCCCAUACUGUACUGUCUUUGAGUCAUCCUAUUUAGCCAGGCUAGUUGCUAGCUAGUAGCUGCUUAAGUAUGCUGCAGAGCUGUCUGACAAAAUAAUUUUACUAGUUCUUCAAAAUAUAUAAGGCAUACUUUCAAGACUGCUUAUUAGCAACUACUCCAACUAUCAAUCGGGUAGAGCUACCUCAAGAACUGUCUCUAUCCCCCUCGUCAUUGUGUUGUGUUAAUUCUUAUCUCAUGCGGUCUGUGUAGGCUAGCCGUCUCUGUCCUAGCCGGGAAGAACAACAGGCGCAAUGGAUUCUGUUCAUUGUAGUUAAUUACCAAGUUUCUGCUCUGAACUAGGUCGAAUAUUUGCCUAAUGAAAACUACAACUCCCUUCAGCCCAGCGUCCCACAUAGUUCUUGACUAAAUUUCUCUCGUGAAUGAUUCGAUUUCUCUCUAGAGAAAAAUAACGAACUAUGGGGGAUGCUGGGCUGAAGGGAGUUGUAGUUUUCAUUAGGCAAAUAUUUGACCUAGUUCAGCGCAGAAACGUGGUAAUUAACUACUAUGGAAUUCAAGUAAUUGAACCGACCUUUAAUUUGUAUGGUUACUUGCUCAGCACUAGUCGGAGUGUCUGUACUAAGAGUGCCUAUAUAACAGUAACAGAGGAUAGCAGCCAGAUCUGGGUUCAAAUGGUAUGUUUUCUUUCAAACGCUGAGCGGAUGAUUAAGCUUGCCUGGUUUGACAGAGAUGCCGGGUUUUCACUUUUGUGACUAUUCCGUUGGUUCCAUUGUGUCAGGCAAGCUCAAUCAAGCACAAGUACUAUUUGAGCCCAGGUCUGGAGGGCUGUCAGGCCAAGACUUCCCUCUGCCUCAGAAAGCAGAGCAGCCUUCAUGUCCUGCUGCUGCUGUGUGUUAGACUGAGAGGGAGAGAGGGCGCAGGCAGGGCCACAGCCACUCAGCCUGAUGAGCAGAGAGCCCUGGACGGACACGGCCAGACUGUCAGACUGAGACACAUCACCAGCACCAUCCAGGCUGUUAGUGCUGCUGCCAAUACCUGCACUGUCACACACACCAGCCAGUCGUAUUGCUAGCAUAGCUGCCAUUCCACACAUCCUUUCAGUUUCACACAAUGGAAAAAACGGUUCUCAUUAUAUUCAUCGCCAGAUUGUUUCUACCAACAGUGCUACUUAAUAGCAGUCUGUUGUGUGACACCACAAUACACCAUUUUUUUCUUUAGCAAAACCUUUUCAGAUGAUAAUAAUGAAGAUGGUCCUGUUGCAGUGCUCUGGCUGCUUGCGUUGCUUUAUUGAAAGGUCAGGGUCUCGGUUGCAUUGAAGGCCUUUGUUGUCCCAAACCGAUUUGCGCUCUGUGAGCAGAUGGGUCUGACAUGGCCAGUACAAUGACCUUUAGUAAAAAGGGGGACGUCCACCCUUACCUACCCAGAGAGAAGAGCCUUUACCUGGACACUUAUUCAGAAGGAGCCCCUGUGGCUCGGGUGGCUGUGGAGCUUCAGAAAAGAUGUUCCUGGCCAGCCACCCUCUUAGUUCAAAGAAAGCACUCUGAUAACAUCAGUACACACAUGCUUUGCACAGGUAUUGAAUUCCUAGACACAUACCCACAUGCACACAAACAGAAUUCAGUUUGUUAUGGAACAAAACUGAUUUGCAUGCAUUUUUCCCAUCCCCACCCAUUAUUUGGGGAAAUGGUGACUCACCAUCAGAAUGAUAAUGAUUGUAUAUGGCAUGCAGUCUUCGUGGAACCCUGUUGGUCUAGGUUGUGUGAUGUGCGGUAUGCAAGAAAAGCUAACACAGUGUCUUAUUUCAGGUGGCAUUAUACAACCCAGACCAGGAUGGGAGUGACAGCCCAAGAAGCAGCCUUAACAACAGCCUGUCUGACCAGAGUCUGGCCUCCGUCAAUCUGAACAGUGUGAGCAGCGUGCACAGCUACACACCGGUAAGACCUCACACUGCAGCCUCUAACCACAGUGUUACAGCUGUACACACUGCUAAGACCAAGCAACACAAACAACAACUACAGGAUCCCAGUUAGACAACAUUUAGAACAGCGAUUGGGUCGCAGGAGGUUUUGAAUGGGACGCGAGUGUCUGAGUAAAAAAAUAAACAUGUUAUUUAUUUUUUAUCAAACAUACUCCAGUCUGAACUGAAAUGACUAAAACCACAUAGAAAGUGUGUGUAAAUGAUAAUGUAAACACCAGUCUCAACCUCAACAGUGAAGAGGCGACUCCGGGAUGCUGACCUUCUAGGUAGUCUGAGAUAUGGCUAUUUCUUUGCAACUCUGCCUAGAAGGUCAGCAUCCCGGAGUUGCCGCUUCACUGUUGACGUUGAGACUGGUGUUUUGCGGGUACUAUUUAAUGAAGCUGCCAGUUGAGGACCUGUGAGGCGUCUGUUUCUCAAACUAGACACUCUAUGUAUUUGUCCUCUUGCUCAGUUGUGCACCGGGGCCUCCCACGCCUCUUUCUAUUUUGGUUAGAGCCAGUUUGCGCUGUUCUGUGAAGGGAGUAGUACACAGUGUUGUACGAGAUCUUCAGUUUCUUGGCAAUUUCUCGCAUGGAAUAGCCUUCAUUUCUCAGAACAAGAAUAGACUGACGAGUUUCAGAAGAAAGUUAUUUGUUUCUGGACGUUUUGAGCCUGUAAUCGAACCCACAAUUGCUGAUGCUCCAGAUACUCAACUAGUCUCAGUUUUAUUGCUUCUUUAAUCAACACAACAGUUUUCAGCUGUGCUAACAUAAUUGCAAAAGGGUUUUCUAAUGAUCAAUUAGCCUUUUAAAAUGAUAAACUUGGAUUAGCAAACACAACGUGCCAUUGGAACACAGGACUGAUGGUUGCUGAUAAUGGGCCUCUGUACGCCUAUGUAGAUAUUCCAUUAAAAAUCAACCGUUUCCAGCUACAAUAGCCAUUUACAACAUUAACAACGUCUACACUGUAUUUCUGAUCAAUUGGAUGUUAUUUUAAUGGACAAAAAAAUUGCUUUUCUUUCAAAAACGAGGACAUUUCUAAGUGACCCCAAACUUUUCAACGUUAGUGUGUCAAUCUCUAACCACAGUGCCCCAGCUAUACAUCAGCUAAGACCAAACAAGCACCACAUAUAACUGUCACUGUAUCACAGUUAGACAUACAGUAAUUUAGGCUGUGCAUGCCGAUCUCUUAUCACAGUAGAUAGCUGAAACCCUGGACAUUAAACACAGUGAAUCAGCUCUACUCUGAGGGCAGUGCCCCAGACCAGUUACUUGCCGUACAUCUCAUAUAAUCAGAGACCCAGGAGUUUCCCUUCAGAAGAGCUGUAGACAGUGAGAGACUAAAGGGGUUGUGGGGUUGGUGCGCUAGCGCAGAAUAUCAGGAGGGAUUAAGGGAAAGUGAGAGCUGUACACGCGCUUGGAGAGCAGACCGAGAGAGCUGUUGCCUGUGAUGUCCUCCCACCAGAGAUGCCCCCUUCUUUGGUGUGGUCCUCCUGAUUCCCAGGGUGCUAUUUGCUCCAGGCUCUCUACAUCGAUCCGUUCAGACUGAUGGAUGUUCCUCCAGUGCUGCUGAGAGCAGACUCUGUUUAUUACUGCCUCACUUCAGCCAGGCAGACUCAGACUGGAUUCUAUAGCAAGGUUAUCUAUACUGUAGCCCACCAGUACGUCUGCAAAGCCGUUUGCUGUGGUAAAGAAUAUGUACUCUAACAGCAAGACUCCUUGAAGUGAUAGCUCCAUUAUUAGUGUCCUUCACAUGUUAAACCUGGUAUGGCUUGAAAGCUACCCCUGUGAUGCUGAGAUAAAGAAUAUAUACUGUUCUUAAACGUCUAUUCUACUUCAUGUAAAUGCAAGGUACCUCCUCAGUUAUAGAAUAAUGAAGGCUCCAUAUUAGUGUUUUUCUCAUCACAAACCUUAUUACCGUCUUGCUAGAGGGCAUCAUUGCCUGCCCUCUCAUACACCAGUGGAUAAAAAUCGACCAUCACACAGUACUGUAAAUGGGUAAAAUGAUUGGUUAUUUGUACAAGGCUUUGGUGUUGAUUGUGUUUUAAAUACAUUUUGCAGGCCAUCUAUUGUAUUGGCUUUGUGUUGAUUUUGGUUACACUUUUAAUACUUUUUGAGGUAAGGCUGCAAGCAGCGUUCAAGACAGUCAAAGGCAUAUAGUUGAUGUUUAGUUUGAGGAGUGACCACUGUACACACCAGAUAUUUAGCUGCUUAUACAUGUUCAUUAUGGGUUCUUAGAAGUUCGAUUAGGUUAGUGGACUGGACUAAAAUAUAGGCCUAGAUCUGUUGCACAAAAAAUAUACUUAACAAAAAUAUAAAUGCAUUAUGCAACAAUUUCUAUGAUUUUACUGAGUUACAGUUCAUAUAAAGAAAUCAGUCAAUUGAAAUAAAUUCAUUAGGCCCUAAUCUAUGGAUUUCACAUGACUGGGAAAGGGCGCAGCCAUUGGUGGGCCUGGGAGGGCAUAGGCCUACCCACUUGGGAGCCAGGCCCAGCCACUGGGGCCAGCCAAUCAGAAUGGAGUUUUUCCCCACAAAAGGGCUUUAUUACAGACCGAAAUACUCCUCAGUUUCAUCAGCUGUCUGGGUGGCUGGUCUCUGACGAUCCUGCAGGUGAAGAAGCCGGAAGUGGAGGUCCUGGGCUGGCGUGGUUGUGAGACCGGUUGGACGUACUGCCAAAUUUUCUAAAACUACAUUAUGGUAUAGAAAUGAACAUUCAAUUCUGAUUGACCUGCAGUCAGCAUGCCAAUUGCACGCUACUUCAAAACUUGAGACAUCUGUGGCAUUGUGUUGUGUGACACAACUGCACAUUUUAGUGACCUUUUAUUGUCCCCAGCACAAGGUUCACCUGUGUAAUGAUCAUGCUGUUUAAUCAGCUUCUUAAUAUGCCACACCUGUCAGGUGGAUGGAUUAUCUGGGCAAAGGAGAAAUGUUCACUAACAGGAAUGUUAAGAAAUUUGUGCGUAUGGAACAUUUCUGGGAUCUUUUCUUUUAGCUCAUGCAACAUGGGACCAACACUUUACAUGUUGCAUUUAUUUUUGUUCAGUGUAGAAAAAUGUUUUGCAUGAAAUGUUUGUGGCUCUCUUGUUCUCCAGCAGAUCCAUGUGCAGAUAUCCUUUGAUGUCUCUGAGACGUAUGUUUCCCAGUCAAGUGUCACUGUUCAAUGGUGUAGUCGGUGCUCUUCACCAGUUAAAGUUGUAGUCUGUGUUUGACUGUGGUAAUAGGUUCGUAUUGUAGUUAGUAUGUUAGGCUGAGGUGUGUACCGCUAUGUUGUACUGAAUGAUAGAGCACAGCUGUCGGUGUUAGGUGCUAAGAAGAGUAGAUUUGAUUUAAUUCAUUGCUCCAAAAUCUCUAAUUAUCUCUCCUCUAUUUCUACUCCUCUCCUUCUCUCUCUCCUCCUCCAUCCCCAGGUGACUAACCACCCAGAGCCGGUGUCUCAGUCGAUGAGCCUCCAGCAGCCCCUCCAGCAGCCCCUCCAGCCCCAGUACAACAUGCCAGAGAGGGACAAGCAGCUCCUCUUCUCUGACUUUGAAGAUCUCAGUGCCUCCUUCCGCAGCCUUUACAAGUCUGUCUUUGGGCAGUCCUUCAGCCAACAGGGUGAGUGCUCGUCACGAGGGCAGGAUGACACAUACCGGGGAGUGUUAGUAAACUCGUGCAGAAGAUGCCAGGAUCAUUCUAUGGCUAUUGUUUUGCACCAAACAGCUGGUCAAAGGAGAGUGGAAUUGGCGCUAAUUAAGUUUAGUGAUUUCGAUGAGUUAUUCAAUAGACAGUAGCCGUAGUGCAAAUCUAUAUGGGUAUUUUCAUGGUCUACUGUGUGCUAAAGCCACAUGCAAAAGCCUCUGGCCUCAUUCCCAAUGCUAAGCAUAAAAGAGAGUUGGCAAGUUCGUAGCAGAAUAAUGCCAUAGACUUUAUUUAUUAUAUGGAAUGAAACAUGUAAAUGCUUACUCUGGCUGUAAUCUAGUAUAUCUUUAGGAUGCUUUUCCUUGUAUAACCUACUUUCACAAAUCUAAUGCAUUUCAUGCUAAUGUUGUCAGUGUUCCUCUCCUUUAAUCUAUCAUCUAUGUUUCAUUAGCUUAAAGUUGUUCCCUUUUUAUGUGCAUAAAAGUGAAAUCUCUUAGUCAGACAAGCCCUUGCAAUUAAAAAGUGUAAAUAAGCGAGCGAGAGCAUUUCACACCCUGGUGCUGUAGACAGUGAGCUAAUUCACCAGCUUUGAUAAUAGGUAAUGAGCUCGCAUUAUUAUUCUGGGGCUGAGCGCUAAUUGCUUUCUGUAUUUCCCUGGUUGGACAAUGGGCUUUCUGUGCCGAUAAGAGAUCCACCUUUGUCACCCCUGCAGUAAGUGUUCUGGGGCAGUGGCGAGGGGCUGGUGUCAACUCUAAAAGCACUCCAGUGAAAUAGGUUUACUGUGCCAAAGCCGGUAGCCUAGCGGUUAGCCUAGUGGUUAAGAGCGUUGGACCAGUAAUCUAAGGGUAGCUGGUUCUAAUCUCCAAGCCGACUAGGUGAAAAAUCGGCCAAUGUGCCUUUGAGCAAGGCACUUUAAAUGUAAUUGCUCCUGUAAGUCGUGCCGAUGAGAUACCCUGCAGUAAGUGUUCUGGGGCAGUGGCGAAGGGCUGGAGUCAGCUCUAAAAGACUCUAAUAGACUGAAAUGGAAAUGGAAAGGCCUUAAGAACCGCUCCCCUAGACAUGAUUGCUGUUGGGUGUGCAGAUGUUCGCGCUCCAGUCGUGCUUGUUUAGAAAAUAGUGCUGCCGCACAAUGAAAAUGGUCAAAAGAAACGCAGGGUGCAAAAGAAGAAAAGCUCAGGCUCUCUAGUGCUGCUGAGUCAUUCCUUUAGCUCGUUCAAAAUGGCAGCUGUGUCGUCUCAAUGUAUCAUUAGUUUAUGUUACAUUGUAUGUUUAUAUCAAAUAAUGAUUCAAUUCUCUAAGCAGAGAGCAAUAAUAAUUGCUGUGUUUUGUGUGUGUCUAUAUGGACUUCCAGGUUUGAUGGGCAUGCCAACGGAGUCAUCCCAGCAGACCCACACCUCCUGCUCCUAUCAGCACUCCCCCAGUGGCACCAUUAGCACCCAGAACAGCCUGACAAACAACCACUCCAGCAGCGGUGGCCAGGUGCCCCUGUCCCACCCUCCCCAGCUCCCGGGCCAGAACUCCCACCCGGGCCAUGGCUCGCCCCACACACAGCACCUCUCCCAGCACGGCCCACACAACCAACACGCCCAGCACACCCAACACAACCAACACCAACACCCACAGCACCCCCAUCACCCUGCACACUCCCAGCAUUGUCCACACCCAUCGCAGCACGCCCAGCACCCGCAGCAGCACACGCCGCACCCCUCCCAACACGCACAGCAGCACUGCCAGCACCCCUCCCAGCAGCAGCAUCAAAGCCUGGCUCACCAGCCUCAUCCUGCCCAGCAACAGAUGGCCUGCAACACGGGUAAGACCUGCCUCUCUCUUCCACACCGAUGUCUCUCACACACACACAUUCAGAUACACUCAGGGAUAACCCUCUGAAACACAGCUGGACAUUUGUUCUGUAUAAGUACCAAGACCUGCGGACAGUAAAUCACCAUCUGAUUUAUGCUGUUUGCUGUAAUGAGAACAAAGCAAAUGCUGCAUCCAUACAGCAGACAGUACCUCUGGAGCACAGCAACCUUUUCAGAGGGAACUGGCUCCUACCAGUGGCCAAAGUAGAGUACCGUUGCAGGAAAUGUAGCGACUGAUGGACUCCUCCAGCCUCUAAAAACCAAUCUGUGCUCCAUCUGUGUUUACAGGUCUGCCCUCUGACUGGUACCCAAAUCUGGACGCACUGAAAGAGAGCUGCCGUAUUGCCAGCAGUUAUAACUGGGCUGAUGUCGACCUUUCACCUUUUCAAGGUGUGGCCAUGAAGGAUUAUGUAAAUGCAUCGCAUUGACACAUCCAAUUUAAGCCUCAAGAAAUAGGCUAACUAUACAGGCUGCUUGUUUUUGCAAUGUGUCUUACCUGUAUUCUUUUCACCAACAUUUUAAAAGCUGUUUAUUAUGAUUACAAGAGUCAUUUUAUCCUAAUUAUUUCAUGGCUGAUUGCCCAUGAUGAGCACCAUUAGACACAUUGGAGCGCUCUCUUUUUGUUGGUGUGCUGACAUGUUGCCAAUCAAGAGUUUAAUUUGAAGGAGCUCUACAAUAAAGAACACUGCCUUCAAGUUUAAUUACCAAACACUGUGUAGCUCAGCAGGUCACAGAGUUGAUCCAAUUACAGUAUACAAUUGCAAGGUAGGCAGUUUUAAUUAAGUAUCACCGCUAAAGUUCAGUUAUGUAAUUAAAGCAUAUUUUUUAACAUAGAUAAAAGUAUCUACACCCACUUUUGACAUUUAUGGGUUUGACUGGUGAGCUACUGAGGCGGCUGUGUGUCGCUGUUGUUUUACUUGGCUGAUGAUACGUUUGUUUGACCCCGUGCAGGACUGAAGGAGAGCAUGAGACUUGCAGAGCAGAACAACUGGGCCCUGGAGCCCACACAGAUCGCAGAUCUCUGCUCAUCUAUCAACCAGUUCUUUGCCCGCACCGGCGUCAUUCAGCCACAGGGGGCAGUGCAGCCACCACCCGUACCCGUAUGCCAUGGCUCCAUGCACCCCAACAAGCCCAGCCAGCACAUCACCACAGGUGGGUGACUCCUCACCUCUAACCUGCAUCCCAGCUAACACAAUUAUUGCAUUUAGCACUCCAGAUCACUGGACAUUGGUGACAUUUUCCUUUAUGUAAAUGUCAACUGAGUGUACAAAACAUUAGGAACACCUUCCUAAUAUUGAGUUGCACCCCCUUUUGCCCUCAGAACAGCCUCAAUUCGUUGGGGCAUGGACUACAAGGUGUUGAAAGCGUUCCACAGGGAUGCUGGCCCAUGUUGACUCCAAUGCUUCCCACAGUUGUGUCCAAGUUGGCUGGUUGUCCUUUGGGUGGUGGACCAUUCUUGACACACACGGGGAAACUGUUGCGUGAAAGAGCACGGCGCUUGUAACGCCGAGGUAGUGGGUUCGAUCCCCGGGACCACCCAUACACAAAAAAUUUAUGCACGCAUGACUGUAAGUCGCUUUGGAUAAAAGCGUCUGCUAAAUGGCAUAUUAUUAUUAUUAUUAAAAACCCAGCAGUUUUUCAGUUCUUGACACACUCAAACCGGUGUGCCUGGCACCUACUACCAUACCCCGUUCAUAGGCACUUCAAUCUUCUGUCUUGCCCAUUCUAUGGAAGACACAUUUCGGUUGAAUGCAUUCAGUUGUACAGCUGACUAGGUUUUCCCCUUUCACCCUCUGAAUGGCACAUAUACACAAUCCAUGUCUCAAUUGUCUCAAGGUCUAAAAAUCCUUCUUUAACCUGUCUCCUCCCCUUCAUCUACACUGAUUGAAGUGGAUUUAACAGGUGACAUCAAUUAGCGAUCAUAGGUUUCACCUGGAUUCACCUGGUCAGUCUGUCAUGGAAAGAGCAGGUGUUCUUAAUAUUUUGUCCAUUCGGUGUAUAUUGCAUUAAUGCUGCUGACCAGGUGGAUUGUUUUAGCUAGCACAUACAUUAUUUUGGGAUUGUGAUAUUUGAGUUUGUCUUUCUCUCCACAGGAAAUCUCUACAUGGACUCCAGACAGAGCAUGUCUAUGAUGGGCCCCCCAGGGUACCCCCACAUGCCCCCCAUGAGCAGCGCAGGCCCCACAAUGACAGGUACAGAACAGCGGCAGCCCCCAUUCAACUACUCACUAAACUAGGUCUCAGUUAAGGGCAUGGUCUCUACAGUACACUCCGAGUAUUCAUCAAACCUAUCCUUCCACAUUCUACAAGCACUACAACAACACCUCGACAGGUCCUUUUCCCAUUCAACUACUCAUUUAAUCAAUGAAGCUUGCACAGUGCAUGUGUGUCUUUGUGUGUAUGUACUAUGCCCUGACUCCCCUUCUCUCUUCUCUUAGGACACCAUGCACAGAUGAACCAGCAGCACAUGAUCUCUCCCAGAAACUUCCAGAUGCACCGCAUGCCAGCUGAUGACAUCCAGGAUGACUUUGACUGGGACUCUAUUGUCUAA